CUUAUUAAGCAAAAAUGCAGACCUUCUGUGUUGUGUUUUGUUUGAUUUUGGUCCUGAAUUUCUGUGAAGGUUCAACCUUCUGUGCAGAAUACAAAAAGCCUGUGGUUGCAUUCACUGCAAAGCUCUCAAGCGAUACAACAAUUAGUGGUCACGGGGUGGUCAAGUAUGAUCACGUGUUAACGAAUUGGGGCGGGGCCUAUAAUUCACAGACCGGGAUAUUCACUGCUCCCUAUGAUGGCCUCUACACAAUAUCGUGUACACUCAUGGCUCAAACAUCAAAUAGUGUGCAUUUGCAAAUUGUUAGACAUGGGAAGAAGAUGUCUAUCUUAUACUCUGCAUCGAAGACGUUUCCUCAGUCAGGACAAACGCUCCAUCUGCUACUCAACAAAGGAGAUAGAGUCUGGAUACAGAAUCACAAUCUACAUACCGCAAAGCUCCACGAUCACGGCUCAUACAACUUGUUUUCCGGUCUUCUAGUUACAGACCUUUGAUACUGAAAUUGAACAAUAUUUUGAAAUAAAUCAUUUGCAAUCAUGUAAA